AUGGAAGCUUAUUGGCUUUAUGAAGACGUGAUGAUAGAAAACAUCACAGAAGAAACUCGCGACCAUUUGGUAGAUCUCUACUUUCGCUUCAUACAUGACAAACCCCACACAUUGUUUCACCCGACCCUUCUCAGGAAACGGAUUCGUGAAGACGAGGUUGGAAUAGCACUUCUCUACUGCAUCAUGGCAUUGGCAGCCCGCUUCUCUGACCACGCCGAGAUUCGCCAAAUGACAAAAUCACUAUACCUGGCGGCCAAGCAUCUCACAAAACAACAGAUUGAAGUAGUUUGUCUUGAUAACAUUCAUGCUUGUAUCCUUGUCGGCAAUCUUUGCGGUGCGGAAGGGGAAAUUGAAGCAGAAGCUAUAUUCUUCGGAGUUGCAUUUCGCAUGGCAGAUAUCUGCGGAUUUCCAGAUGCGCAUGACUUGGAAGAUAGCGUUACCAAAGAAGUGAUUGUACGCACGUGGUGUUCGCUGUACAUGAUUGACCAGUGGUCCUCUGCUGGCCUCAAUCUACGCAGGCAAAUCGGGGACGAAGAGAAGCGACCUAUGGAUGAAAAGCGAUUUUGGCGCUUAAAGCCUGGAGAAUUCCUCACACCCUCCAUCUAA